UCAACAAAAACAAAAGUCCGUGGUUAGUUUCAAUAAGAAAUGCUAUCACAUACGAAUGGCGGAUGUGGGUGAUAGUGAUUAAAGUAUUUGUAAAAUGUUUGUGCCAGCAGAGCAGGAGUAACACUAUUGAGCAACAUUGGUGGCAGUUAAAUUAUAGCCCAUUCUUUUUACUGUGACGCCCACACGACUGUUUGUGCUGAGUGUUGUUGUCGGUACAAGGCGUUUGUAAAAGGGGUUGCCAAGGGGCGGCAGAAGCAAUCAAGUGGCAACAAGAACGACAACAACAACACCAGCAGCAGCAGGAGAGUAAAAUGCAAAAAGUUAAUUAGUGUGAACAAAAUCAUAUUGAACAGCCCGUGGUGGCCGGGUCAUCCAAUUAGGUUUGGGCACCGAGUUAUAUUCGCGUCAUGGAGUUCGCCGAUCUGAUUAAAACACCCAAGCUGGAUGGGGUGUUUCUACAUGACCCGCUGCAAGCAAAUGCAACAGUUGAGGGUACCCUGUGCAUAACGGGCCAUCAUUUGUUGCUUAGUGCGAGGCAGGAGAAUAGCCAAGAAUUAUGGUUACUCCAUAAGAAUAUCGAUUCUGUGGAGAAGAAACCAUCGAUGGGCCAAAACAUUGUCCUGGGUGGUACCAUUACACUUAAGUGCAAGGAUUUGAGAAUUAUCUCGUUGGAGAUAAAGUAUGCCAAGGAGUUUUUCAAUGUUGCUGCAUCUCUGGAGGCGCUCAGUGCCAUACAAAAUCCAGAGCUGGACUAUCCAUUCUUUUACAGACCGAUGUACUCCAUAUUGGAGGAUGGUUAUACCAUGUUUAGGCCAGAGCUGGAAUUUGCUAAACUCAUUAACGGUGUGGGUGCAAUGGGCGGCAUUUCUUCCCCCAAUGUGGCCAACAUAGCAAUUUGCUUGCCAUCUACAUCAUGUAUAUCUGUGGGUGCAACAGCAGGCAGCAGCAAUAGCAUCGUUGGCAUACCCCACCCCCUGCAAAACGGUUUUGCGCUGGAUGCAGCAGCCGCUUUGACAGUGGGAGGAGCCACUAUGAUACUGCCGUCCUGCGAAUGGCGUCUCACGAACAUUAACAAAGACUUCAGCGUUUGCCCGACAUAUGGCGCCACGCUAAUUGUACCUAAAGCAAUUACGGACGAACAGGUUGCUCUUUCUGCCACAUUUCGCGAUGGUGGACGGUUUCCCAUGCUCAGCUACAGGCACGAGAAUGGCGCCACUUUGAUGCGAAGCUCUCAGCCUUUGUCCAUACAAGGUAUCAAACGUUGUCGCGCCGAUGAGGCCAUACUUAACUUAGUUCUGGGGCGCAGCAAAAAGGGAUUCAUUGUGGACACUUGGGGCAAGGGAAAAUCCAAUACGGAAACCGAUCUUCAUUACUCCCAGUGGAAGAAAGUAAAUCGAUCGAUUGGAAAUGUUAGCUCACCUGCUUCCAUACUGGAUAGUUAUGCCAAGCUGAUAGAGGCCUGCAAUGAUAUAGGCUGCAGCACCGACAAAUGGCUCUCUCGUCUUGAGAACAGUGGCUGGAUGAGCCUGGUAUUAAACUCAUUAAAUGCUUCAUGUGUGGUAGCUCAGUGCUUGGAUCAAGAGGGCAGUCCGGUACUAGUUCAUGGCGCCAAGGGAUUAGACUCAACUCUGAUUGUCACAUCGCUGGUCCAGAUUAUACUCAAUCCCGAUUGCCGUACUGUACGGGGUUUGCAGGCGCUGAUUGAGCGAGAAUGGAUACAGGCGGGUCAUCCGUUUGCCUCACGCCAUCGCUAUGCAUGCUACACGCCACAUCAGACGCGCAACAAGAAUUCUGGGGCUACUUUUGUGCUUUUCCUGGAUUGUAUUUACCAGUUGUUCACACAGUUUCCGUGCAGCUUUGAAUUCAGCACACAGUUGUUGAUAUUACUAUUUGAGCACAGCUACUUCUCGCAAUAUGGCACUUUUCUCUGCGACUCAGAGAAGGAACGACAUGACUUAAAAAUCCAUACACGAACGACAAGCCUUUGGUCCUAUCUGAAUCGGCCAGAUGUAUUACAAACUUUGCUAAAUCCUUUGUAUGAACCAAAUGCCAAUGUCAUAUGGCCAUCUGUGGCACCCAUUAGCCUGGAAUUGUGGGGAGAACUUUAUUUACGUUGGGUGGUAGAUCAGCGUAGCCUGAUUAGUAAUAUGGCUCAAAUUCAGGAACUGGUAACACGCGAGAAGGAGCUUAGAACUCAGGUUCUUAAACUGCGCAAACAGGCCUUGGAGCUGAGCCAAGAUGUCUCCACACUCAUGAACCAUCAUGCUGAAUCUGCAUAGAUGGAUGGCUACCUCAGAAGCUGCAACAAUCUCUAUAACUCCUCCUUCACACGUUUACAUACAUAUUUUUGAUACGUUUGAAUUUAGUUUAAGUCCAUAUACACAUAUACUAUAUAUCUACGAUAUCUAUUAUUUCUAUUGCAAUAAGUCUUAAAGAGUUCCAUUUACAACCAAAAUUGUGCUGAACAACUGAAAAAAUGUAAUUAUAAUAUUAUACUUGUAUUUGGAUCAGAUUUUGAAUCAAAGAUCCAUUCUAAAACGGUAUAUAUAUAUAUAUAAAUGUACAUAUGUAGCUACAUAAUUACGCUCUCUGUCUUUACAAGCAAAUUGCGCUCUCUAAACUAAAGUGAAACUAACAUGGCACAUGGCAAAACUAUCAAAUGUUUAAUAACAAUUUGAGUCAAUUUUUGACGCAUUUACUUUUAUGAAAUUUUUAAAUAUAUAAGAAGUCUUCAAAAUUGAAUAUUUAUCUAUACAUACGGUACUAACCUUAAUUCAGUGUUUAAUGAUCAAAUUUUAGUAUUGUAAUCUCAAGAGAUUUGCCUUUUUCGAAAUGUUUAAUGAAAUCGCAUAAAUUUGUAAGCUUUAAAAGUUAAAAACAAAAAAAAAAACAAAAACAUUGUAAAAUGAAGAACAACCGAAACGGAAAUUAAUUAAUUAUGCUAUGCAUGCGUUGGUACAUUAAUAUUUAUAAAUGUUUGUAGUUAAUAUAAAUGG